AACAACAGUUGGGUAAGUGGGAAUAAGCGCUGCAUUUUCGCCGCGUGGGGCAGGUUCGGUCUGUUGGGGGGCGCCUGGAGGAAAGAAAGUUUUGGAGUCACCGUGUUCAUUGGAUGCUCCCUUAGAUUUUGCUGCACAGUCAUCCAUAGCUCCCAAAUAUGGCUACUCGACUAAGACAGUCCAGAAAGAAAUGCACUGUGAUUGGUGGAUCAGGGUUCCUGGGUCAGCACAUGGUACAAAGUCUGCUAGAGAAAGGCUACACAGUUAAUGUGUUCGAUGUCCGUGAGGGCUUUAAGAACAGCAAGGUGGAGUUCUUCCUAGGUGAUCUCUGCAACAAAAAGGAUCUGCUUCCAGCUUUACAGGGGGUGACUGUCGUGUUUCACUGUGCCUCACCGUCACCUUCCAGCCACAACAGAGAUCUUUUCUACAAAGUCAAUUAUUUGGGGACCAAAGCAGUCAUCGAGGCUUGUAAGGAAGCUGGUGUCGAAAAACUGGUGUUGACUAGCAGUGCCAGUGUGGUCUUCGAGGGCACAGAUAUUAAGCACGGAACUGAAGAUCUCCCCUACGCAAAGAAACCCAUUGACUACUAUACAGAAACCAAGAUUCUGCAGGAGAAGGAGGUGCUGAGCGCCAACGACCCAGAGAAGAAUUUCUUCACCACUGCUAUUCGUCCCCAUGGCAUCUUUGGCCCACAAGACCCUCACUUGGUUCCUGUCAUUAUCCAAGCAGCCAAGAGUGGCAAGAUGAAGUUCAUGAUUGGAGAUGGAAAGAACUUGGUGGAUUUUACCUUUGUGGAAAAUGUGGUCCAUGGGCACAUGCUAGCUGCAGAGCACCUUGAGAGAGAUUCUCCCCUGUGUGGAAAGGCAUUUCACAUCACGAAUGACGAGCCAAUCCUCUUUUGGGAGUUUAUGUCACGCAUCCUGACGGGCCUGGACUACGAGGCUCCCAAAUACCGCAUUCCCUAUUGGCUGGCCUAUUACUUGGCCUUCCUCCUGUCACUGGUGGUUACGCUGCUGAGCCCCUUUGUCACCGUCCACCCCACCUUCACCCCCAUGCGGGUGGCGCUUGCUGGAACAUUCCACUAUUACAGCUGUGAGCGGGCCAAAAAGCACAUGGGCUACAAGCCACUGGUUAGCCUGGAUGAAGCCGUGGCAAAGACUAUCAAGAGCUUCCCCCACCUCCACCGUGCUGCGUAGCUGCCUGGGGUCCAUUGGAACAUCUCCACAAUCUCUACAGACUCUGCUUUGGCUGCUCCUGUCUCUCAGUCUGGUUUCCCUAGAACACUUCUUGUAGGAACCCCAGUCUGAGUUGAUUCUGUUGCCUCAGCUGAGCUGCUGUGACCCAACAUCUCUGAAGUGGUGGCUGCAGAGGGUGAAACAAAACCUGUGCAGUUUGUUAAUUCAGGCACAGUUUUCCAAGCCUUUACUCGCCUUAACCUUAUUCAGAGGGAAGUAAACUGUGAAAUGCAAGGCUGGGGAGCUUGUGGACUUUCACAGUGGACUCCCCAACUCCUAUCAUACCUAGCCAGCAUGACCCAAUGGUCAAGGAUGAUGGGAGUUGUAGUCCAGGAACAUCUGUCGAGCCAUAAGUUUCCCUACUCUUUUUUCAGGACAGCCACUUUUUUGUGGUGGGGAGAUCUGUGUGCAAAUUCCAGAGCUGGGUAACCCUUCUUUAUAUCUUUAGGUGACAGGUGAAAGCAUUUUUCUAUAACCAGGCCUUUGGCUGCUUAACAUUCCAUGGCCUUUUAAAUGUGGUUGAGGGAGGGUGUGUGUGAUUGGUUUGUUCUUGUUUUAUUAUGUAUUUCGAGUUCUCAUUUCGAAUUUUUAUGCUGUGAACAGCCUUGUGAUCUUUGGGUGAAGGGCGGUAUACAAAUUUAAUAAAUAAAAACAAUAAUCCUAUCAGUCAUUGUUAAGGUAAAGGUGGGCAAUCGUGAGCUGAUAUUGCAUUACAACUCACAUCAGCACCAGCCGGGUGCUCAUAGUCCCAAUAACAUCAGGACAACAUCAGCAUAACCACCCCUUGCUGUAACAAGAUUAUGUGGGAAAUCUGUAAAGAUGAGGCAUUUGCACUUGUGUACUUAAGCUGUGGCCAAAACUUUCUGGAAUGUGACUGCGCAGGUUCUUUUUUUUCUAAAGACAGCCACUGUUCAUUUGCCCAGCAGAUGGGAAGAGUUUGCUUACAUACUAAAAGUUAAAAUGUAUUUCAGUGCAAUUGCCAAUAAAGUACACUGGGAUAUUC